AUGAAGGCUGAACUACAGGAAAAUUCGGCUAUUAUAUCAGGGCUGCAAAAAGACAACGAAACGCUCCAAUCAAGUGUCAAAGCUCUGCCCCAAAGAUUCAAUCUUGUGGAGCAAAAUAUAAGAGAGUCGAAUUUGGAAAUAAAUUGCGUACCAGAACAUAAAACGGAAAAUUUGUCAACCAUUUUAACCCAAAUAGCAAAAACCGUUGAUAGCCAUAUUGGAGAUGGAGAUAUUCAUCAUGUAACCCGAGUUGCUAAGCUAAACAAUGACAGUGACCGGCCUCGCAUGGUUUUUGCUAAGCUCCGCAGCCCCCGACAUCGAGACGCCAUGUUGGCUGCUGUUGCAAAAUUCAACAAAAGUAAGUCAAAGGAAAAGCUGUCAACCCAACAUCUUGGUAUGGCAGAUCCGCCAAAACCUGUGUUUGUCUCUGAGCACUUACCACCAGCUAUCAAGUUCCUGCACGCAGCAGCUCGCCUCAAGGCCAAAAAGGAAGAUUUCAAAUUCGUAUGUGUUCGCAAUAGACGCGUCUUCUUACGCAGAAAUGAGUACAGCCCAGCCAUCUUCAUUCGAAAUGUUGAGUGUCUUGAUUCAAUAAUCUCUUCUCAACAUAGAUCCUAA